UGGUUUUCUCUUCUGGUGGUUGUUCCGUUACUGCCUCCGCCACGUUAUUCGAAUGUUUUUGUUUAUCUCUAUCUUUUCGAAAGUUCCAAUCAACCGAUUACUGAUUUUUUUUGUCAUUACAGUGAGGUUGACUCUGUCCAUUUCCAACAUUGGACCAACCUCCCUGAGGUCUGUACUGGCACUCGUAUCAUUUGUAUGAUUAGACGUAAUCAUAUUCCUCGGUUUGUCAUCAUCAAUGGGUACCGUUGCAAGGUUUGGUACAAAGGUCAGCCUUUAAAGUGUGACAUCUGCAAUGGUGAUCACAAGGCAGCCUCUUGCCCCCACAAGGGUAAAUGUCUCUGGUGUGGUGACGAGGGGCAUUUUGCCUGCAACUGUCCCAACCCGUGGGGCAAAAGUGUUCCCCCUGCUGACCCUGAUGUAGGUUUGUCUAGUGACUUAUGUGACGAUUCGGCCCCUGCUGAUGUCAUGCCUGAUCCUCCUGCAGUGGAUCCUUCCGUCGUGGACCCUCUGGCCCCUUACCCUGUUGUCGUCAUCAUCAAGGAGGGCUCUGUUUCCCCUGUGGCCGGGGAUUCUCCCCCUGUUGUUGAUAGUGGUUCCGUUCCCGAGAUUGUGAUGGCUGAGAGGUUCAAUCAGCUGGAUGAACUUGCAUCCUAGGGCAGCCAGAGUAUUCUGCAAAAUUGUGUCGAUGGCCAAUCUAGUAAAAAUUCCAAUCAAAUUGGUUUCAAUUUCUUAAGUAAUGGUAUUACCAAUGGUAAUAAUGUUAAUUUAAAUACUAGCAGUGUAGUUACUACCAUAGGAAAUACUGAAUGUAGUCUUACGAAUAUUGGUAGCAAUAAUGUAGGUGAUAAGGAUAAUAAUGUUAACUAUUAUGGUUCGGCUGUUUCAGCCACCCCGUCUCCUGGUCCUGUUGAUUCUCAAAUGGCUGUUGUCGCUGACCCUCGUAAGAGGCUCCUGUCUGAUGCUUCCUUCUCUGAGGAGCCCAUCGGGGAGUUCUCUUCUGAUUCGGCUGACCUGCCUUCUGCCUCCAAAUUAAAACCUGGCUCCAUUUCUGACUCUAUUCUGGCCCUUGCCUCCAAGUCCAAAAUUGGUGCCAAUAAGAAGAGUGCUAAAAAGUCCAUGGGUCACCUGCCUGCUGGUGUUGUUUCUGUUUCUUGUUUGCUUGCUCGUCCAAAACACUAAAUUCAUGAUGGCUUCUUUCCAAAUUGUUAUAAUGGCUUUCUCCAGUUUAUCCCUUAAUUGUAAUGGUUUGCGUGACCAGUCUAAAAACAUGGUCUUGUCCAUUGGCUGCGGUUCAUUCCUGUGAGUGUGGAUGUUGUCUGUCUCCAGGAGACCCAUUGUCUAUCAGUUGCUGAGUGUUCUCUUUGGUUCCGCUCUUCUGGUUUCCUUUCUGCUUUUUCUCCAGGCCUUCUCACUCGUGUUGUUGCAUUGUUCUCUUUCAUCCUUCGUUGUCCCUUCUCAAUUCAUGGUCUGAUUCUGUUGAUUGUUUCCUCCAAUGCGAGUUCUCCUUCCAGGACAAGACUUUCCAUGUCUGUUCCAUCUAUUGUCCUAACCGCAACCCUGAUCAUGACCUCUUUUUGGAUGAUCUUCACUCCCAUAUUGACCCUUCUGUCCCUACUGUCCUUACUGGGGAUUUCAAUACUGUUUUUAAUCGUGCCCUUGAUCGUCGUGGUUCUGACCCUAGUGACUCUUCUCGUGAAAGCUCUGUCUCCCUCUGUGGUCUUUUUGACGCUUGCUGUGCUGUGGACAUUUGGAGGUAUCUCCAUCCCACCUCUUGUUUCACGUGGACGAGAUGGAAUGGCAGUUUAGCCUCCAGGAUCGAUCUGAUCGAUAUCCCUUAUGUUUGGGUGCCUUCUGUCAAGUCCUGGAUAUUCUGCCAUGUCCCUUCUUGGACCACUGUGCUGUCUUGUCGUCCAUCUUGGUACCUGAUGCUGUUUCUCCUGGCCCUGGUCUGUGGAAGCUGAAUACCUCCAUUCUUGCAGAUGAUGACUACGUCAAAUUAAUCUCAGACGCUCGGCUUAACUGGAGGUCCUCCAUUCAUCGUUUUCCCUCUUUGGUAAAAUGGUGGGAGGAUGGGAAGGGACUUAUCAAGGGUCUUACUAUUCGUUAUUGUUGUUCUAAAUCUUCUGCCUGGUCUCGAAAUAGAGACCUUCUUGUUUGUCUUAUUAACCAUCUCAAGGCUAAAGUUGACGCUGGGUUGGUCUCAUGUUUGGGCCCGUACCAUUCUGCUCUUUCCAAACUAGCCAAUUUAGAUUCUUUGGCUGCCAAGGGUGCGCAGGUCCGCUUCCAGAUCAAGUGGAUAGAAGAAGGGGACAUUUCCUCGGCUUACUUUUUUUUGCUUUUUUUUUGCCUGACCACUGGAUCUCUGCGCUGAGGGAGGAUGAUGGCUCUAUUGUCUCUUCUCCUACUGACCUGUGUUUUGUUUGUCCAAU